AUGGAGGCACUACAGUAUGUUGCGCUGGGUUCGCUGUUAUAUGGCGCCCCACCGCACGCAGUCGCUGACGAUGACUUGUGGCUGUUAUAUGGCGCCCCACCGCACGCAGUCGUUGACGAUGACUUGUGGCUGUUAUAUGGCGCCCCACCGCACGCAGUCGUUGACGAUGACUUGUGGCUGUUAUAUGGCGCCCCACCGCACGCAGUCGUUGACGAUGACUUGUGGCUGUUAUAUGGCGCCCCACCGCACGCAGUCGCUGACGAUGACUUGUGGCUGUUAUAUGGCGCCCCACCGCACGCAGUCGUUGACGAUGACUUGUGGCUGUUAUAUGGCGCCCCACCGCCCGCAGUCGUUGACGAUGACUUGUGGCUGUUAUAUGGCGCCCCACCGCACGCAGUCGCUGACGAUGACUUGUGGCUGUUAUAUGGCGCCCCACCGCACGCAGUCGUUGACGAUGACUUGUGGCUGUUAUAUGGCGCCCCACCGCACGCAGUCGUUGACGAUGACUUGUGGCUUCGCUGA